AUGUCAGUUCCUUCCCGGAAGUCUGCCCGCUCCACGACGCUGCCCGGGGACGCCGUGAGGAGGGUCCAGGGACGCCGGGCCAAGGCCAUGGUGCGCCGCCGACCGCCUAGUAACCGCUACAGCCGCCGCCGCCGCCGCCGCCUACGUCCCGUAAACUUUCCCCGCGGCCGCUGGGAAUUCUGGGAAACUCGACGCAGCGCCAGCCGCCGUCGCCGCCCCUCCCCCCGCCGCCGCUCCGGGGCGCGGCUGUGGAGUCCGGGAGUCGGGCUCCGGAGCCCUCAGCUAACGGGCCGUUCGUGCUGUGUGCCCCGGAGAGCCGGCGGCGGGCCUCAUACCUGCUCGGCUAGGAGCGGCUUCCCCGGCCCGAGAGGACGAGGCGGAAGCGGCCAGACCGAGCACGGGAGACCGUCGCACGGCCACGCCAGCCGCUGCGCUCUGCUCGGGAGCUUGCACGGGCGGCGGCGGCGGUGGCGGUGGCGACGCCCCCUGGUCGCGUGCCUGGCGUCUUUGUUGAGUGAGGGCGUCCCUCCCGGAGUUUCCUGGGCUGGGGGAUUCAAGCUUCUAAGAGCUCGGCGUGAGAACAGAGUCGAAGGACUGCGACCCACCGAGUAACCUGGAUGCCCCUUUUGUUGAAAACAUCGGUCCAUCCAAUACUGAUUAAACGCAUGUAAUUGCUCCUCCGCUGCCCGGGAGAGCGUCUGCUAAAGGAGAAAAAAUGGAGGAAAACCCCAAAAUGGAGUUUCUAAUAUCUUACUUAAGAUGAAUUUAGUGUUUGCGUGCUACGGCCAUUUCAUUUCAAAGUUACUAUCAGUGUAUUUAAUAGCCAUAUAUUUCCUCUUGGAGUUACAUAUUAGAAUCGUGAAAUUUUGAAGACUUUUGAGCACUAAAAGGUCUACGAGUGUUUUGUCUGAAAGAGUAGACCCUGCUUUCUUGGCUGUAACUCAGCCGGGCUGCCGGCUGUACAGGAUAGCAUUCUGAACCUAAGAUGAGAUUCAUCACCUCGUGUCCAAAGUCAGGCGUUAGUAAUGGAGAAUGUUUUUCCUGAGAUCGAAAAUAUCUCCUAAGACCUGUAAAACCUGUGUCACAGUUAACAGACAUGGAAUCUUUUAUUACAAAAUGGAAAAUUUAUUUGGAAAAUGGUCAAAAUUUGUCCCCGUAUGCGCAGAAGAUGUGAUUAUCUAGUGUCUGUCUACAUCUUACCCUUCCUUGGUGCAGGUCUCCCACAGUUUAUUCAACAAUCACAUAUUUUUUUAUUGUGCAGGCACUAUGUUAGGCGGUGUUCUAAGUUCUUGAAAUAUAACAAUAAAGAACAGAAGAUUUCUCCUUGCGGGGGAGAGAGACGAUAAAGAAGAAAAAGAGAACAUCCUGCGUUAGAUGGUGGUUCGUGCUGAGUUGGACAAAUAUUAAACAAGAGAAGGCCCACACUCGGAGAGGCGAUGAAGUGGCCAGAGAAGGCCCAUGAGAAGGCGACACAGGAGUUAAGUGAUAAAGAUGAGACUGGAAGAUUUUAGGAUUAUCCAACUUCGGAAUUUGCUGAGCCGGAGGACCUGGAGCUUCCAAAUUUUGUCAAGUAGAAAACAGACGAUGCUACUCUACAACGCUGAAUUUUUCUUUUUAAUCAAAAAGAGCUGAGAAGAGCAGGGAGAAUUGUUGAACUGAAAUGUCAUCUUUCCAGGGCCAAGGUUAUUUUAAAAUCUAGCACCAGCCUUUUCCCUUCAUGAUCAGCCAAAGAAACUCAUCGCUUUCUGAAAAGUUUUCUUGAAUGCAUCUGAAAAUAAAUGGCAUUUCAAUUGCACAGCCAAACCAGGCUUAGUGCAGCAAAUGAUCACAGUUUUUACAAACUGAAAAGUUUUUCUUGAGUAUUUUGUGAGAGAAAUACCGCUUGAGUCUUCUUUUUCCAAAAGGCUUGGGACUACAAGUAUUUCAGAUUCCAGAUGUUUUUGGAUUGGGUAACAUUUACAUAUACAUAAUGAGAUAUCUCAAGAAUGGACACCCCAGCCUAAAGACAGAAUUCAUGUGUGUGUGUGUGUGUGUGUGUGUGUAUGUAUAUAUAAUAGUAAUCUUAUUUUUAGUACAUGUUAUGGUUUGAACAGGACUUGACUACCGGAAGUUUUAUAGUAACAGUCAAAGGACUGAUGUUAAUGGUUGAUGAUUAGCUUGGCGAUGUGACCCCAUUACUGUGUCUGAAGGCAGGGCCCCGGGGGAAGUGACAGGAUAGGAUUCAGUCGCUAGGGCAGAGUCCCGUGAUGGAAUCUUGAUGGCUUCAGGAGGAGAGACCACACUGGAGGGUGGAUGAAGAGUGUGGCAUGUCUCUGUCUGCUCUUGCUGGCCAUGUGACCAUCCCUCUGCCAUCCUCUUGUCUCCCCACAUGCCUGAACCACUGGGCCCCCUGACUUUGGAUUAUGAAUCUGCAAACAGCAAAGCAAACCAAAUCCCCUUCCUCCCUCGGCUGCUCCUCUCAGGUAUUAUAAGUGAUAAAAAGCUGACCACCAGAGUGUGCCUGCACUUUGACUGUAACUCCCCCUCCUGUGAGGUCAGGUGUGGAAUUUUCCACUUGUGGUGUCAUCUCGGCAUUCGAGAAGCACUUCCAUAUUUUUGAAUUGGGCAAGCUCAACUUGUUCAUUCUUCCCAGAUUGGUAAACAUAUUUUUAAAAGAACAAAGAAGGUAAUAGAGAAAACUCAUGAGUUUCAGUUUAAAGAAGAAAAGGAACAACAGUAACUCCCAGAAUAACACUGGUCCAGGGAUCUAACUUCAUGGGACCAAGUACAAGAAAUCAUGCUAGGUAGUGCUACGGAGGUCUGACCAGGUGGCCCCCAGGAGCCCCACCUCCUGGUGGUGUUUGUACCUGUGCAUUGUCUCCUCCCACACUACAGAGGGGAAGUGUUGUGAAGAGAAUAAAGCAGAAAUGAUAGUAUGUCACCUCCAUGAUUAGGUUAUGAAAAGCACGAUGGGGGUUGGCCUGGUGGCACAGUGGGUUAAACCACUACUUGGGAUGCCCACAUUCCAUAUGGAAGUGCUGGUUCGCAUUUUAUUCUGAUCCAACUUCCUGAUCAUGCACAUUGUAGGAGAUGGCAGCUGACAGCUCGAAUGCUUGGGCCCCUGCUCCCCAGCAUGGGAGACCCAGGUGGAAUUCCUGGCUCCCGGCUUUGUCCUGGCCCAGCCCUGACUGUUGUAGGCAUUCGAGGAGUGAAUCAGUAGAUGGAAGCACUCUUUUAUUCUGACUUUGAAGUAGAUGAAAUUAAACAAAAUAGACAUUUUUAAAAAGAUACUAUGGUACCCAUCUUGGUCUUUGGGUUUCACUGUCUGCCUGGCAUCACUGCCUUUGGGGGAAGCAGGAGCCCUCGCCCACCAGAGGGCCCAGGUGGUGAUGCAACUGAGGUCUUAGGCAAUCAGCCCAUAAGAAACAGAAGCCUCCGGCUAACAGUCAGGGGAGAGAGCCUGGAGAGCAGAGCUCCAGCCGCCUGGAAGCCCUCAGGUGACUGCGGCCCUGGUGACCUCCGCACGGCAACCU